UCAGAUUGAACUCUCAAUUUGUUGGGAACCCCAGUAAUUCUCUCUCCCUGGAUCUCUUAGUCUUAAGCAACGAAUUUAGACUUCUAGUGUUCUGAAAGUGUUUGGAAUUGAAUAAUAUAGCUGAAGUUGUAGUGCUGUAAACUUGAAUUGCAGAACCAUUGUAGCAGACGACUCAACUAGUUCUUAGUAGCUUGGUUGUUCACAACCAACAAUGGCGGCCUCCAUGCAACUUCUCAAUGUCACACCCUUUAGAUUCCACUCUACUUCUAUCCCUCAACACCAUUCAAGACCAGUGAUUGCCCGCUGCUCCGCCACAUCAUCCACAGCCAAAAGCUACAACAUCACUCUGCUUCCUGGUGAUGGAAUUGGCCCUGAAGUCAUCUCUGUUGCCAAGAAUGUUCUUAAUCUUGCUGGCUCAAUUGAAGAACGUAUGAUUCUUUGCUAGGGAUUGAAUUCAAGUUCAAUGAGAUGCCUAUGGGAGGUGCUGCCUUGGAUUUGACCGGAGUUCCAUUACCGGAGGAAACUCUGACUGCCGCAAAGCAAUCUGAUGCUGUUCUCCUUGGUGCUAUUGGCGGGUAUAAAUGGGAUAAAAACGAGAAACAUUUGAAGCCUGAGACUGGAUUGCUACACCUUCGUCAAGGUCUUAAGGUCUUUGCAAAUUUGAGGCCAGCGUCUGUUCUACCACAGUUAGUGGAUGCUUCAACAUUGAAGAAGGAGGUUGCUGAAGGUGUCGAUUUGAUGGUUGUAAGGGAACUUACAGGAGGUAUCUACUUUGGAAAACCAAGGGGAUUUGGAACUGAUGAAAAUGGUCAGAAGAUUGGCUUCAACACUGAGGUUUAUGCAGAAUAUGAGAUUGACCGCAUUGCUCGUAUUGCAUUUGAGACGGCUCGUAAGCGCAGUGGCAAACUUUGUUCUGUUGAUAAAGCAAAUGUCCUGGAGGCAUCAAUGUUAUGGAGGGAAAGGGUAACAGCAAUAUCAGCAGAGUAUCCUGAUGUUGAACUCUCCCACAUGUACGUUGAUAACGCAGCCAUGCAGCUUGUCCGAAAUCCAAAACAGUUUGACACAAUAGUUACAAACAACAUAUUUGGUGAUAUUUUAUCAGAUGAGGCGUCGAUGAUCACUGGAAGCAUUGGGAUGCUUCCUUCUGCUAGUCUUGGUGCAUCGGGACCUGGACUCUUUGAGCCCAUCCAUGGUUCUGCUCCUGAUAUUGCUGGGCAGGAUAAAGCAAACCCCUUGGCAACCAUACUAAGUGCUGCAAUGCUUUUGAAAUAUGGUCUGGGUGAAGUGAAGGCAGCUGAGAGGAUCGAGUUGGCUGUGCUGGAUACUUUAAAUGAGGGAUUUCGUACGGGCGAUAUUCACUCAGCUGGGAAUAAAUUGGUUGGAUGCGAGGAGAUGGGUGAACAAGUGUUAAAGUCUGUGGAUACAAAGACACCUGCUGCAUCACUACUCUAAGGUUUUAUAUCGAAUCCUUUUAGAUGUUAGCUUGCGGAAUCAUGGACGUUUUUACGAGUUUUAAGUCAUCUCAUGUCGAGAUUAAUCAUCAUAUAUUUUCUUGACCAACAUGUAUUGAAAUUUUGUUGUAUGUAAAACAUCAUGGUGGAAAUCUCCUUAUUUUCAGACC